UGUCUUUAAACAUGUUAAAAGCCGGCUUAGUUUUAGACCGAGUUGUCGUACUCUAGGGCCGAAUUUUCCAAAUAAUCACCGGAAGUGUGCUGUGAAAAAACUGAUGAAGACCGAAAAGGUCCAUGCUUGCAUUACUUUGAAAGCUUGAUCUGUAUAUAAAUACUUGUAAAUAGAUACCAAUUUCUAUUUCCGUACGUAUACCGAGAUGGCUGCCACAACAGAAGAACCUCGAUCAAAGAAAUACCAUGGGGAUGGAGUUGCACCUAUAAAAGAACAAUAUAUAGUACAAGAUUACAAGCCAGAAGUGUCAGUAGAAUAUUUAUCUGAAGAAACAAAGGCCAAACUGGAAGAAUCAGAAUCACUGAAAAGGAAAAAUGUGGAUGCCACUGACGAUAGUAAGAAAGAUGAUGACAAGGCGUCUCAACCUAAAAAGAUCAAAUUAAAAGGAAGAAACAAACACCGACCUGUGAACAACAGGGUGGAAGCUGGAGAGAAAUUAUGUCCAUCUGUUUUACAUGAACGGGUGUGUAACUUUGGUGACAAAUGCAAGUUUAAUCACAAUAUAAAGGAGUUCCUGGACAAGAAGCCACCAGAUGUAGGACCUGAAUGUCAUAAUUUUUUAACAUUUGGUAAAUGUCAUUAUGGACUUGCUUGUCGUUUUGCUAAAAUGCAUAUAUCGGAAGAACUCAAAAACAAGAUUAAUACUGAAUUGUUUGAAAAGAUGUCAACAGAAAAAACUACAGUAAAUGUGUUAGAUAAAGAUUUACAAGUUAAGUUGUGGAAGAAAAAGUAUGACUUUUCAAAGGGUAAUGAUUCAGAGAGACAGAUCAAACGAUGGUGUCAGGAAAGAGUAGCAGCUCAAGAAAGGAAAAGGGGAGUAACUCAGAACAUUGACAAGGUUGCCUCAUCUGUGAAUGAUAAAGAUGGCGAAAGUGUGGGUCCCUCUCAGCCUUCAGUAAAUAAUGGAUCUAAUUCAUCUGAACAAUUACCAACUAUCUGUGAUACUGAAGGGGGACCAAUCAAAUUAAGGAGUCAGGAAAAGAAACUUAUAGAUUUUUCCAACAAAUUAUACCUAGCUCCACUCACCACAGUCGGAAACCUUCCAUUCAGAAGAGUUUGUAAGACAUAUGGUGUAGAUAUAACAUGUAGUGAAAUGGCUAUGGCAACCAAUAUACUACAAGGUCAAAUGUCAGAAUGGGCUUUACUCAAAAGACACAAGUCAGAAGAUCUGUUUGGUAUUCAGAUUUGUGGAGGAUGGUCUGAUACUUUAACUCGAUGUUCACAACUAAUCAAUGAUGAGCUUGAAGCAGAUUUUUUAGACCUCAAUUGUGGAUGUCCUAUAGAUCUACUUUAUAAAAAGGGAGAAGGUUGUGCACUGAUGGGAAAGACAAAUAAAUUUGAACAGAUUAUUAGAAGUAUGAAAUCUGUGUUAGAUAUACCCCUCACUGUAAAGAUGAGAACAGGAAUUAUGGACACCAAGAGCAUCGCCCAUCAUCUUGUUCCAAAACUUCGGGAUUGGGGGGUUUCUAUGGUUACAAUACAUGGUAGGUCCAGAGAACAAAGGUACACCAAAUCAGCCGACUGGGAUUAUAUAGACCAGUGUGCAGAAUUAGCCAAACCUAUGCCUGUCUUUGGUAAUGGUGAUAUUCUGUCCUAUGAAGACUUAGAUUGUCAUAUAAAUGAAACAGAGGUCAAAGGUUGCAUGAUUGCCAGGGGAGCCCUUAUCAAGCCAUGGAUAUUUACAGAAAUAAAAGAACAGAGACAUUGGGAUAUUUCAUCCAAUGAAAGAUUUGACAUGAUUAAAAGUUUUGUCAAUAAUGGAUUAGAGCACUGGGGAUCAGACCAGCAGGGAGUGGAAACUACUCGCAGAUUCUUGUUAGAAUGGCUGUCUUUUCUUUACAGAUAUAUUCCUGUUGGAGUGCUUGAAAGUGUUCCACAGAAAAUAAACCAGAGACCACCCAAAUAUAUAGGUCGAAAUGACCUUGAAACAUUACUGUCUAGUCCAAAUUGUGGAGAUUGGCUCAAGAUCAGUGAGAUGUUGCUAGGACCAGUUCCAGAUGGAUUUAAUUUCUUACCAAAACAUAAAGCCAAUGCAUACAUGUGAUAUGGACAAACAAAUGCAAAACUUUUUUUUAAAAUAAAAUGUAAAUUUAUA